AUGUCUGAAGAUGAACUAAGUGAUCGAAACUUUAAGAGUUUAACAGACUUUUAUUUCUCUGCUUCCUCAGACAUCGACAAAAGAGACAGUUAUGGCAAAACCGCGCUUCACUGUGCCGUAUCAGCAGGCCAGGUCAAUACCGUGAAAUAUCUCCUCCACAACCAUGCAAACCCUAACCUUAAAGACCACAGAGAGGAGGCACCACUGCACGCCGCGGUGCGGACUGGAAACAUUGAAGUGGUCGAGAGUUUAACAGACUUUUAUUUCUCUGCUUCCUCAGACAUCGACAAAAGAGACAGUUAUGGCAAAACCGCGCUUCACUGUGCCGUAUCAGCAGGCCAGGUCAAUACCGUGAAAUAUCUCCUCCACAACCAUGCAAACCCUAACCUUAAAGACCACAGAGAGGAGGCACCACUGCACGCCGCGGUGCGGACUGGAAACAUUGAAGUGGUCGAGGCAUUACUGAAUCACAAGACAACCAACGUUAACAUCGAAGGACGAAACAAGUACACUCCUUUGCAUAGUGCUGCUCAUUUAGAACAUAGAUGCGCCUUAGAAAUCUGUCAAAAGCUUGUAAGUAUAACGUGA